AUGUUGAUGAGAGCAAUUUCGUUACUUGUUAUUACCUUAAUUUCGGUAUGUCAGUCUGCAAACCGAAAUUUGAUUACAUUAAACGAAGAAACAUGGACCGAAAUUUUGAGCGGUGAAUGGAUGGUUGAAUUUCAUGCACCAUGGUGUCCAGCUUGCAAAGAUUUGCAAAAAGCAUGGCAUGCAUUUGCUGACUGGAGCAAAGAUCUUAAUAUUAAUGUUGCUGAGGUUGAUGUUACUGUAAAUCCUGGUUUAUCUGGACGUUUUCUUGUUACUGCACUUCCUACCAUCUACCAUGUCAAGGAUGGUGUAUUUCGUGCUUAUGUAGGACCUCGUGACAAAAACGAUUUUAUCAGUUAUAUCGAGGAAAAAAAAUGGACCUUUUAUGAUCCAAUCCCAAGCUAUAAAUAUCCAAGCUCACCGCAGAUGUCGGUGGUGGCUUGGUUCUUCAAAUUAUCGAUGUUUGUUCGUGAUAAGCAUAACUAUUUAGUUGACGAGGUGGGUAUACCAUCAUGGGCUUCAUAUUCCGUAUUUGCUGGUAUAACUUUGACUUUGGGCUGUAUACUUGGAUUUUUCAUUGUUUGUAUCAUUGAUCGAGUUUUCCCUACUGGUGAACAGCUCUGCAAACCAGAAAAGAAAUCAAAAAAAGAUCAGAAAAAUAAAGCUAAGAAGGAUGAAGGAAAGAAAAAGGAGGACGACCAAUCACAGAAUGAAAGGAAUUCUCAAGAAGAAGAAUCGGCAGAUGAAAGUGUGCGAAACAGGAAAGGUGCAAAGAAUGAAGUAAAGAAGAAGAAGUGA